GCAGGCAGUCCCUGGUCAGAGAGCAGCCUCUUUGGAGGGAGUCAUCUGCCUGCUUGCGAGGCUCCUGGCACAUCGCAUUCAGAGCUGGCUUUUCUGCCUCUCUUUCUCUCUUGCACAAAGGAGAGCUGCUCUGCAGGGCAUCGCCGUUCCUGCCGGACAAUCUUGCUUUUGAAAACUCUGACCUCCACCUCCUGAAACCCCUCCAGGCAGCAGCAGCGAGAAACAAAGCCAGCCCUCUGAGAAAGUCAAGGGUGCAGCCAGCCCCAUCAAAAGCAAGGAAUAAGGAAUCUCUCUGCUGUCACUGGGAGUUCAGAAGUCAACCAAACUGCCAGCAAAAAAGCGAUUCUUCCAUGCAGACGGCAAAGAGAGGCAAGGGAGCGUGCCGGAGGAGACGAUGAUGGGCAAAGCAAAAUCCACACACAGAGUGAAUCUAAUCUGUGGGGUCUCGAGAAUGACAGCCUCCAGACAACAUUUCUCAUUCUGCAGUGGAAUUCUGCCUUUCAAAUGGUUUCCGGGGGCAGCCUGACAUUCAAGCACACCUGAGACUGAAAAUGAGUUUUCUAAUUGGGCACAAACCGGUCCAUUUGUUCUGUAUUGCCCUGAUCAGGCGGUCAACUUUGUACUAAUGAGGGAGGCAGAAACGGAUAAUAAUGACCACUGACUUGGCAGUCUUGAUGUCCAUCCUGGCUGGCCUCAGACAUCUCAGACAUGGAUAUACUGUAUGAAGUGGAGAGUUCUGUGAACUUAACGGCCGAUUUCUUGCUACAAUUCAACAAAGAGAGGAAACUCCAGCGAAAUGGGUUUCUACCUGGAGAGAUCAACAGAUCUGCCAUUUGCAGCCUGACUUCGGACAUAGCAGAGCUCACCAAUCGCUCCUGCGACCGAAGCCUGCCUUCCCAGUACGAUGCGUCCUUCCUCAGGACUCAGGAGAAAAACUGGCCGGCUCUCCUGACUGUCGCGGCGGGAUUGCUGGGUAUCCAUGCAGUAAACACCUGCAACAAUCCCACGCAAAUCUUCGAGAAAAAACUGCAAAAUGCGAUGAACUACUUCCUGAUGUCGCUCGCCAUCGCUGACAUGCUCUUGGGUUUCCUUGUUAUGCCGGUCUCGAUGCUGACCAUACUCUAUGGAUAUGUUUGGCCUCUGCCGAGACACCUCUGUGUGGUGUGGAUCUAUUUAGAUGUGCUUUUCUCCACCGCCUCCAUCAUGCAUCUCUGUGCCAUCUCGCUGGAUCGCUAUAUUGCCAUCCGAAACCCCAUCCAUCACAGCCGCUUUAACUCGAGAACGAAAGUGUUUGCAAAGAUCAUUGCUGUUUGGACCGUGUCUGCAGGUAUUUCAAUGCCAGUUCCUGUUUUUGGACUUCAAGAUGAUUCCAAAGUGUUCAAGAACGGAAGCUGCUUGCUGGCAGACGAGAACUUCGUCUUGAUAGGCUCCUUCGUGGCAUUUUUUGUUCCUCUGGCAAUCAUGGUGAUCACUUAUUUUUUAACCAUAAAAGCCCUUCAAAAAGAAGCCACAUUAUGCAUGAAUGAGUUUGGCUCCAAAGGCAAGUUUGCUCCAUUCAGUUUGUUCCCUCAGAGCUCUCUUUCUUCAGAUAAAUUCUUCCAGCGGUCUCUCAGCAAAGAACUCGGACCCUCUGGAAGGAGGACAGUCCAAUCCAUCAGCAACGAACAGAAAGCCUCCAAAGUCCUUGGGGUUGUCUUCUUCCUCUUUGUCGUGAUGUGGUGUCCGUUCUUCAUCACCAACGUGAUGGCUGUGACCUGCAAGAAAUCCUGCAGUGGAGAGGUUAUUGGAGGACUGCUGAACGUUUUUGUCUGGGUUGGGUACCUUUCUUCAGCGGUCAACCCACUGGUGUACACGCUCUUCAAUAAAACCUACCGAUCAGCUUUCUCACGUUAUAUCCAGUGUCACUACAAAGAGGAAAAGAAACCUCUGCAGCUCAUCUUAAUGAACACAAUCCCUGCUAUUGCAUACAAUACAAGCCAGCUUCAAUUAGCACAAAUGAAACAUUUGACAAAGAAGGAGUCGAAAAUGAUGUCCCAGGACUAUUCAGCAGUGAAAAUUGAAAUACAUCAUUUGGAUAGGACCUUAAUGAGCAACGCUUGCCAGGUGAAUGAAAAGGUUAGCUGUUUGUGAGUAUCUGAGCCCCUACACAAUCGCCAUAGCAACAAGGAAAUUUUCCCAGAGACAUUUUCACCUAAGUUUUGUUAGUGCUGAAAGAAUAGCACAAGCUAAGAAAAUCAACAACAUAAUCAACAUUCAAUCAUGCCCUUUUGUCAAUAAAAACCAGAAUGCGAAAGUGAUGAAAUGUUGGUAAUAAGGCGACAGUGGAGAGAGAGCAUACAAUAUUUCACCUUCAGGACAAGCUUUGUUAACUUGUUUUUAAUAGCCUGGGUAUGUUUCUCAGAAGAGACUGGAUGCAGUUUGAUGAUAAUAUAAACCACGAAAAAUCCUUUGGCUUUUUCUUAAUGAGAAAAGACAGGCCUAAGAUAUUAGUCAUCUAUGAAAUCAGCAGGUAGAGUUUUCAGUGCUUCCUCCAAAGCCCUUUGCAUUAAAAAACAACAGAGUAGGGAGCAGGGGAGUAGAAAUGGAAAGAUUCUGUGCCCCCUUGUAUGCGGUUUUCAAGGCUGGGACCAUGAUUCCUUGUUAAACACGCUGGUUUGGCGCUCAGUCUGUGCUGCUACUCAGCGUACAACCUCUUCAAACAAUUUUACAGAAAAAGGCAAAGAAGGAUGCAGGCCCAGAUUUAGUCAUGUGAAAUUCCUAGUUACUUUCCAAGUGCUGCCCGUCUUGCUUAACUCAAGCCUGUGUUAUAUUUAUGAUUACAAUAGGACUAAUAGAUCAAUAAUCUGGUUUGAUUCUGCAUAGGCUUGCCAAUUUGCCUAGAUCCCACCUAUGCUCCAACAUGCUCAAAUUACUGGGGGGAGGGGCGAGGGGGGGGAGGAAAAGAAUCUUAACUGAUGCCACAACCCCAUAGUAAUUCCCCCAAACUGUAUGGUAAACCCAUCAAAUUUUUGGGACAUCCUAGAGAAUGGUGACAUCAGUCAAUGUUCCUCAUGCCCUGGACCUCAAAGCUCCCAGGGUCUGAGGGCAGAGGUCUGGCGAGUGGCAACCUUACAAGGGGAUCUCAGCCCAUUGUGAUUGGGUCGUAAUGACAAUGGUAUCCAUUCCCAAUUUCCUUAGCUCAUUUUAUGCCACAAUUAGGGUUCCCAUUCACUUGUUGCUGGUGGGGGAAGCCCUACUGGCACUCACCAGCCCUCAGUGGGACAGCAAGGGAAAAUGAGGAUGCGGAAGCUCACGUCAGGCUAUAUAACUAGAGGUGGCAUCGCUGAGUCACAGGACACUCUAGGAUUCACCCAAAACUCGAUGGUUUUUAACACAAAGUUUGGGGUGAAGCCUAGAUUGUCCUGUGCUACUAGGACAUUACUUCUGGUUAUGUAGCUGGUUAUGACAUCACAGCAUUGGAAGAUCACCAUUUGGGAGUCCCACCCACCCUCUUCUCUGCCAUUUUCCCAGGAGUAUAGCCACAAGGAAGCUAUACACUGAAAAAAAAGGCAUCUAAUGGCAAAAGGCCUUCUCCAAUUUUGUACGAUAAAACAAUUGUUAUUAAGCAGGAUUGCCUUGGCGGAGUUUUUUUUCACAGUUCCCAAUUUUUGUUUGAAAAAUGUUAGGCCCCUGAAAUGUGAAGCCUGCCCUGAGGAUUGGCCAAGCCAGUUCAGAAAAGUCAGGAGUUGCCGUACAUUUUAUGUAUCAUAAUUUAAUGUAUAUAAAUUAGUUAGGGUUUUUGAUUUAUAUAAACUGAAAAAACAGCAUGAAGAGAUCAAGUCACAUCAUGUGAUCUGGUUACUUACUUUUGAGUUUGAUUUUUGGAAUGUUGGUACUUGAAUUCUGUUUCCUCCGCUCAGUUGCCGCUCUGAACCCCUCACUGUUUUUCUGUUGCUUGCCUUAUUGCGGAUUCUCUUGCCAAAUAAAUUGAACCUGAAUGUC